GAGGAAGAAAAAGUCCGGAAAUGCGUUAUAGACCUGAUAUGUGGCGCUGACGAAUGAAUGUUUUUCUGACCACAUUUGUGUGCUCAUAACGUGUUGUAGGCUGUGUGAUUGAUGCAGCGUACUGUGUCCGGUAUUCAUGUCGGGAGCAAUCUGAGAUGAUAUUUGUGUAUGCCCGAGCAGAUGGAAAUGCUCGAGAGGCAGCAGUGCUGUACCAAAGAAAUAUCCUCACAGACACUAAUCACAUCACACAUCAUUUCAACCCCUUUUUAAGCGUUUCUGUGAUGAUGGGUCCUUUCAGACAAACGAACGUUCAGGGAAUUGGCGUACUGUUGGCGCAUCACACUUGAAGGACUCAGUCUACGGGAUAUUGUGACGAGCCCUAGUGCAAGCCCCAGGCAAGUGGACCGCCAGCAUAGUGUAAGCCAAAGUACGGUUAUGUGUACCCUGAAUAACAAUCGUUACUAUCCUUACGACCUGCAUCUCAUAGAGGCCAUUGUGAACAUCUGCUGUGGCAUAGAUGACAUGCACCUCUGUACUGCGUUUCGGGACUAUUUGUUGUCGUCGCACCCACACAACUUCCAGACACAUGUACGUAUGAGCUUUUCUCCUCUACUUCAAAUGAUAAACACACAAAAUAAUUUUACUUAAUUAAUUUAAGUGUGAAAGAUUAGCAAUAUAAAAUUUCUGAACCAAAAACUAAGAGCAUUUCAUAUAUACGAUAGAUUAUUGUGAAACUGUACACAAUAUGUUAAGUAACGCUGAGUAACCAAGAAUAAACAGAGAACUUCUGCCUUUCAUAGGCGCUACAUUGUAGUGUGAAGCCUGCCUCGUGAACACCUGCUUUAAGGAGAGUGAUCAUAAAUCCUAACGUUUUCCUUACUCAACAGAAAGUCGUGCGUUAUGUAGUAUUAUUUGUAGUAGAAAACCAAUUACCUACCACAACAGUAAAUUAACUAUUCUGACUACACCUAUAAAAUGUCAGUAUCGUGUUGCACCUACAAAUUAACAUUUAUCAGUGUCAGCUUCUGAACUCCGGAUAAGACAAUACUUUUGAUGGUAACGAGAAACAAAACCACUAUAACUGUAACCAUCCAGUUCGCUAGUAGAAUGGUUGUGUGCUGUAUUCACUUCCACAUGAGGACGUGGUGCAGUCGGGAAUAAAACUUCCUCGAAAAUAGAAUAUAGAUACAAUUUCGUCAUGUGAUGACAUGGUUGGAGAUGUAUAUACAUAUUUCCGGUUUCCUCUGUUCAUUACUGGAGACGGAUCACCGGAGGAGGAAAAUUCAACUGUUGCCCGCACGGGUCCACAUAUUUCCUGUAAUUCUUCAGUUUUUGUGUUUACGUAUUUUGCAGAGCGUUCAAGGAGCACGAGAAACUUGGAAGAUCUGCGGCUACAUGUUAGCAAUAUUUGGUGAGCUCUGGCUCUACUGCUGGUUCGGAGACAAACUGAUGUCAGAGGGCGAGAAUUUGACGCUGGCGAUAUAUGAUGCGGUGACGUCACUACACGAAUGCUCCACGUCCAUCAAACGAUCGCUGCUGCUGCUUAUGCUGAGGUCUCAGCGGCCGCUGUGCAUCACUGCCGCCGGAUUCUUCCCUCUUUCCAGGGAGUCCUUCGUGUCGAUCUUAAAUAUCUCUUACUCAUUCUUCACCAUUCUUCGAAAUUUCAAGGGUGAAUGAAGAAGGAUCGGCACUACUGCUACACUCGCUGCUGUUUUGUUGUGGUUUAACAUCGAUGUCUAGAAGAAUAUAUUUGUGCAUAGCUUGGAGCAGGGGUAUUUUAUUACUCUGAGAAAAUCACUUCAAUGCAUAAUGUUUUAAAUUCCGAUUUUAUGUAGCCUGCCAGGUAAUCUAACGAAAGUACUAUUUUAGUCAUAGCAAAAGUAUUUUCAGAUAGAUUAACACAUUAUGACUGUGUUUCAACAUGAUAAUUUAUUUGAAGACUACAUAAUGUUUUACAAUCUUAUUUUAAUGUAGCCUCUCAGAUAAUCUACCAAAAGUACUAUUUUAGGCAUAACACAAGAAUAUUCAGAUAUUUUCAGAUAUAUAAACACAUUACGACUGUGUUAUACUGUGAUAAUUUAUUUCAAGACCUUCUGUAAAUUACACUGGGCUCCACAUCACGUGACAACACAUAACCUACAAACAACAAUUUAGGAAUGUCAUUAGCACCGUACUCCAACCAAUGUACGUACUGGUACGCAGACUUUGUAAGCAAUAACUUUAUUAAUGGACUACUGAUGUAAGAUCUCACACACCUGCCAAGAUUUUUUCAGUAAAUUGUAAAAUAUAAUGAAUAUGUAAAUCAGUAUUAAGUAAGUUAACCGAUAUUUAAUUCCACAAUUUUCACCCUGAAUCUGGUAUUUUUUCCUUGCAACCUUAACUAUAGUGACGUUUCAACUGAUCAUGUGUACAUGCCCAAUUUUCUGUCACAAAUAAAGAUUAGCUGACGGCAGA